AUGGCCAGGGGCCUUGGCUUGCCUCCUACUCCUACUCCUCUCUCUUCACGUGCACACAACGCCUCCCUUGGCGAGGCGCGCCUGCUGGAGCUCGGGGCGGCGGCGUUGGCAAUGGCAGCGGCGGUGGCGGUGGCUGAGCAGGAGGAUGUGAUCAUCGUUGGCGCGGGGCAGUCGGGGCUGGCGGUGGCGGCGUGCCUGUCCCUGCGCGGCGUGCGCGCCCUGGUCCUGGAGCGCGACGACUGCGUGGGCUCUCUGUGGCGGAAGCGCGCCUACGACCGGCUCCACCUCCACCUGGGCAAGAAGUACAGCGCGCUCCCCCACGCGCCGCACCUGGACUCUGCGCCGACGUACCUCCACCGCGACGAGUACGCGGCGUACCUGGACGGGUACGCGGCGCGGUUCGCCGUCCGCACGCGCCUCUGCCGCGAGGUCCGGUGCGCGCGGUACGACCCCGCGAGCGCGCGGUGGGAGAUGGAGGCCGUGGACCUCGGCGGCACGGGCGGCCAGACCGAGCGGUACAAGGCGAGGUUCCUGGUGGUGGCGUCGGGGGAGAACGCCGAGAAGUUCGUGCCGGAGGUGCCCGGGCUCGAGGCGUUCCCCGGCGAGGUGAUGCACGCCGCCGAGUACCGGUCGGCGGAGGGCAUGCGCGGGAAGGCCGUGCUCGUCGUCGGGUCGGGCAACUCCGGCAUGGAGAUCGCCUACGACCUCGCGGCCGCCGGCGCCGUCACCUCCAUCGUCGUCCGCAGCGAGCUUCACCUGGUGACCAAGGAGAUCUGGAACGUGGCAAUGACGCUGUACCCGUACCUGCCGGCGUGGGUCAUCGACAAGCUGGUGCUGCUCAUGUGCGCCGUCGUGUUCGGCGACACGUCCAGGCACGGCCUCCGCCGCCCCGCCGUGGGGCCCUUCACCAUGAAGCUCACCACCCCGGCCUACCCCGUCGUGGACGUCGGCACCUACGCCAAGAUCAGGACCGGCGAGAUCCGCGUGCUCCCCGCAGGCGUCAAGAGCGUCCGCGGCAACGUCGUCGAGUUCGGGGACGGGAAGCGACACCCCUUCGACGCCAUCGUCUUCGCCACCGGCUACCGGAGCACCGUCAGGCAGUGGCUCAAGAGCGAGGACGGGCUGAUUGGAGACGACGGGAUGGCGGCACGGAGCUAUGCGGAGCACUGGAAGGGGGACAACGGGCUGUACUGCGCCGGGAUGGUGCGGAGGGGCAUCUACGGCAGCUGCGAGGACGCGGAGCUCAUCGCCGGCGACAUCAGCAAGCUGCUGCGCCCCAGCAGGAGCAGGAGCAGGAGCAGGGCAACGGCUUCUAGCUCCAGCAUUUCUCGUCCAUGGCUAUUGGAGUGCGAGCGCCUUCCUGGGUCUCCCGCUUCAGGCUCGGGCCCAACUCCCUCACCUCCCGGCGACCCGGUGCUACAUACGUCAAGCCCACCGGUCUCGCUCUCAGUGGAGAUUGACGAUCCUGUGUGGGCUGCCCAUGCGCCUGCCGACAUGGGCCCGCCUUCUAACAUGGAAUCCCCAGCUCAGAACCUCUUGGGCCAAUGCUCAGUCGCGGGCACAUCCUCGGCCGCUGGCCCAUUCGCGGCGCAGUCAGCCAACGCUGUGGCCGUUGCCGGACAUGCUACAGGAGCCGCUUCGGUCGGCUUCAUCGACUCCCUCAGGCUGCCGCUGCAGGAAACUCUGAUCCGUACUGCACCGCGUCCAUGCGUUGCGCGUAAUGUCAUCGACCUCAUACCUCGUCGCAGUGACAAGCUCGCAGCCAAGUCAUCCUUUCGCGACCUGCAGCCGGAGAAACAAGCGAGGCGUGUGAUGUUGAUCAGGUGGCAAAAGAGGCCUGAUGACGCCGGUUGCACUCCGGAUACCGCGAUUGCAACCAAAUUCCACAAGACCUUCGCCGAGCCGUUGUCGUCUUCCAAGAAAGCAGCGAUCUCUAGACUCUUUUCCACACUAAUUACCAAUUCUUUUCUUGGUCAUUGA